AUGGUAGGAGGAGACGGGGGCGAGGCAUGGGCGGAAGCGCUGGGAUCUGUUUCAGCCCCUGGCCACGAAGGCGUCCCCGCUCAGGUUUCCAAUAAAUCGGCCCUUCCGGGAGCCCUCCUCUGCUUACAUGUGUUCCACUUUCCGUGCACCCACACACGGCGCUCACAAAGACGCCAGCGCGCGACUGGGCUUUGUUCCCCUGACGCACCGGGUUGGUCGCUGAUUCAAUCGGUUCACCAGACUCCCUAUUCCGUGUUCUACUAA